UUUUUUUUUUUUGGAAUCUAGUCUUGUCUUCUUUUCUUAUUUGUUAUUAUAAAUGCAAACAGUGAAUGGUGUUCCUGUUUUUAUUACAAAUCCACAUUUAGAAUACUUUGGUUUAGACGAAGAACCCACAUGGUUUAGUGCUCAAGGUGGUGUUUACAAAUGUGUUAAUCGUGUUUCAAAAGAAAAUGUGGCUAUCAAAAAAUAUUUAGUAGAAGAGAACAUACAUGAAGAUAUGUUUGUCAUGCCUAAAGAACUCGUAGAGAAUGAAAUAUAUUCAAUGACUAAAUGUGUACAUCCAAACAUUUUAAAAUUACUUGCAGUUCAUUUGUAUGAAGAAUUUGUUUAUUUGAUUAUGCCACUUUGUACCGGAGGUUCAUUGCAGCAAUAUACAUUCGAGCAUCAAGUUACAAUCGGUCAACUUGUCUACAUUAUUAAAUCGAUCGCUUCAGGGCUUGCAAAAAUUCAUUCAUAUGGUUACAUACAUAGAGACAUUAAAUGUGACAAUAUUUUCUUAAAUCAAGAGGACAAUAGUAUUGUUAUAGGUGAUUUUGGUGUGGUUUCUAUUUCAUCUGUGGCAGAUUCAAGUGUAGAAGAAGCUGGAGUUGUCUUAUUUUGGUCACCUGAACUAGUACAGCAAAAAAUUGUAAACUAUAAAAUUGAUAUAUGGGCACUUGGAAUUGUUAUAUUAGAGAUUUUGAAUGGUGGAAGUGCGCCUUAUGAAGAUGAAGGAUUAGAUGAAGAGGAGAUUAAGCAAAGAAUUUUGGAUAAUGGCAGGCCAGAAUAUCCAUCAAAUAUACCAGCUUCUCUUGCUGACUUACUAGAUCAUUGUCUAGAUCCAGAUCCACACACAAGAUUAACAGCUAAUUAUGUGUUAGAGCAUCCUUUUUUACAAGAGUAUGAACCUGAAUUAUUAUUUCCUGCAGCUCAAUUCAAUUAUGAUGUAUCUUCACAACCUGAGUCAGACCUACAAAGCAUAAUGCAUGAUGAUACUACAUUGAAUUAUAAAUUUGACUCGAGUAUAGAAAUGAGAAAUAGGUCAUCUUCCCCUACUAUAAACACGAAAACUACUACCUACAGCAAUAAAAUGCAUGCUGUGCAGUCUCCAUUCUCCUCCAGAAAUAUCAAAUGCCGUCUUCCUCUUCCAUCAUUUACUAUGGAUAAAAGCUUAGUAGCAGCUACACCAGUAAGGGAGAAGAUUAUAAAUGUAAUAUGUAGGCGUCAGUCUAUGACGGAUGCUAGUCGUAAUCAAGGCUCAAGGAUUCCCGUAUUAUCUACUUUACAUCCACUAUUAGAAGAGCUUAUUGUAGAGUAUAAAAAGGAAAAAAUAGAGACCAGUCGAUUAUCAAUGCAAAGAAAAGCCAACCCAAUAAAUGCAAGAAAAAUAAAUCAAGGAGAAAAAACAAGAUUAUCAACAAAUAACAAUAAUAAUAGCAACGAGAAUAUGAAAUCAAAAAAUAUGACCAAACCUAAAGGUCAAUUAAAAUUACCUUCUACUAAUAUGAUUACAAAUGUCGAAAAAAUACCAAUCAAAUAUGCUGAUAUAAAAACAAAUAUACCAAAGCCCAAAAUCGUUACGAAUAUAUCUUUAAAGAACACCAUGUAUCAAAAACGACUCCCGAUCAGCAAUAAUGAAAGCCGUACAGCUAGAUUAUCAAUGGGAUUAAGUGCCAAUGGUGCUAGAAAACUUUUUAAAAGUAAAGCAGAACAAGAAUCUAACAGCUCAUCAUUAGAACACCGAGCAGAAAAAAUGAUACGCGCCAAUAUGAUAAAGGAAUCAGUAAGUUCAAUUCAUCUUAGUAAAAAACGCCCCGUCUCUUUUACUUCUUUUUCAGCCUCAAACAAACAUUAUUCGGAUUUAAGAGUAUCAUCUAUUCGAACUAUACCCCACUAUACAUCUUCAUCUCUUAAAAUGAUAGUCGAAGAUAGUAAAUCAAAAAGACAAUCGGUACCAGCAUCAUCUAAAAUAUCAAACAAGAAUCAAAAGCACUCUAACAAGAAGCCUAGUAAUAAUAGUAAAGAUAGUGACCAUUCUCUUAAAAAUAAUAAUAUAAAAGCGCUUCGCGUUCAUUAACAAACAAAAAAAAAAUUUUAGACUGAGUAAUAUGAGUUUAUUUUGACGAUUACCGUAAGGUAUGAU